AUGAAAAGUCUUAAUUCAUGGCUGGGUGAACGUGCCCGACUUACUGCUUCGGAAACCGCAUUCGAUUUUCAACUUUCCGACUUUGUGUUCUGCCAUAUGGAUCUUAGUCGACGGAAUAUCAUUCUUCAAGAUGGGUGUAUUUAUCUUUUGGACUGGGAAUAUGCGGGCUUUUAUUCUCGAGAGUUUGAAAAAUACUCCAUCCUAUUUAUAGGACAGAAGGAAGACCCCAAUUUCGCAUACAAUCUCACAAAUGCGCUUGACUCUAUAUAUCAAAAAGAGGAAAGCAUUGAUGACACUUGA